AUGGCGCUGAAGGACAACACAUUCAUGGCCGGCGGAGGCCGAACGCGAAGCAGGGCGGGCGUGGGGGCCAGCGAUCGGGGCGCGGCCAGCUUCUGUAAUCCGUUCAUUUCCACGCCAUCGACCCUAUUUUCGCGAACUUUGCUCGUUACCUUUCUGCUGAUGACGUUCAACGUGAACGUGUGCCAGGUGGUGCAGGCCGCGACCAGUGCGAGUGCAAGUGCAAGUGCGAAUGCAGCCGUGAGAGCGGAGCGACGGCCCCGGGCCGAUCUGGAGCGGUCCGACGGCUCAUCAAUACACCAUUACGGAAUUACAGGGCAGGCACAACUCCACUCCGCUGCAGGCGGACCAGCGACGGCAACAUCGUCAGCAUCAGCCGCAGCGCUCGUCUCCGGGGCCCUCUCCUCGCCGGCAUCCGCAAUGUCCGGGCUGGCGGAAAAACCCUACUUCGACGAUGUCAACUCGCGCAACGUUACUACCGUCGUGGACGACACGGCGAUCCUGAAAUGUCGCGUGAAGCAUAAAGGCGACAGAACGGUUUCGUGGAUGCGGAAAAGGGAUUUGCACAUAUUGACAUCCAACAUCUACACGUACACCGGCGAUCAGCGCUUUUCCGUGAUCCAUCCACCCGACUCGGACGACUGGGAUCUGAAAAUUGAGUAUGCACAGCAGAAAGAUAGCGGAAUUUAUGAGUGCCAGGUGAACACGGAACCGAAAAUAAAUCUCGCCGUUUAUCUGGACGUCACAGCCGAACGAGAUUUUGCCCAAGAUUUCUCCAAGUAUGGUCCAAACACUGGCGGAAAGCACUUUAUCGGUGCAGUUGGACUAGAUUUUCUCUCAACAGCCGCCCGUGCAAAGAUAAUCGGCUCCCAGGAGGUGCACGUCAAGAAGGGUAGCACCAUCUCUCUAUCGUGUGUUGUGAAUGUCCAUGCAUCAUCCAUUUCCUGGUAUCAUGGAUCGUCAAUCGUUGACUUUGAUUCCGCCCGCGGCGGCAUCAGCUUAGAGACGGAGAAAACGGAAGGUGGCACCAGCAGCCGGCUCAUGCUGACCAGGGCGACCUUGCGUGACUCCGGCAACUACACCUGCGUCCCUACCGGUGCCAUUUCCGCCAGCGUACAGGUUCACGUACUGAACGGUGAACAUCCAGCGGCAAUGCAGACCAGCAGUGGCGUACCGUGUCCGACGCAUCAAGCUCUUAUCCUUCUUUUUGUAUCAUUGAAUAGUUGUAAUUUUAGUGAAUUAAUCUACUCCAUAUCAAACCUACUCGGGGCGACACGCUUCCUGCUCAGCGCGGUGUCCGCAGGCGUCCUCGUCCGUUUCCGCCGGUUUACACUUCCGGUCAGCAUCGUCCUGCUCGCACUGGUCUCGAUUCGCACUGCUCUACGCACUCGCACCACGUCCCCAAGCACCAUCCAGAGCGACAGCUCCACCCACCGGACGCGGCAGAGUGCUCGCGACGAGUCCGCCACGAUUCCCAGUCAAGUGAGAUGAUCUUCUUCCGCCAUAUCCUUGCGCAAAGGAAUUGCACGUUAAGCUCCCAAGCUCGGUCUCGACAAUUCGACAAACAAGCUUGUGAUGUUUGUGUGGAAUCAGACGAAGCAGAGUCCGAGUUCGGUAAGGUCGACAUUAGCUCAUCGAACCGAGGGACAUCGUAAAGGUCGAAGAAAUUGAUUCCAACGAUCCGUUACUGCGAAGGAAUAGGACAGCACUGGACGUUACCUGGACACUUCUCCGACUUUCCCAAAAGUUGUGUACAAGCGUUUCGUUGAGAGUAUUGUAAAUGUAUAAAUGUUAAGUUUCUAUUGAACAUAUUGAUAAGCCCCGUACGGUGCACAUAGUGAUUGGUAGAAUGGUGAAUGCUGUGGAAACGAAAAAAGAAAAAUCCAAAUAAAAUUACACAUACUCUCAUCCAGGCACGGGUUCGCAGAAUCUAUGGAUACACGUUUUAGGUAAGUGCAAACAUUUCCGAUCUAUCACUGCAACAAAAACCCUGAGCGAAUGGAUUUGCCGAUACCAAGGUAGGAACACGGUAAUCGAAUUUCAUUCCAAGCCGGAAUUUAAACUGUAAAGUAGGGGAACCCCCCCAAAGAGCGACAACAACACGAAAACAAAGGAACUGUACAUUAGAAAUGAUAUGAGAGUGAAAAACUAAACGUAAUGAAUCAAAUUUUAGUAAAAAAAAAAAACAGAAAUACAAACAUAACGAAAAAAGAAGAAAAAAAGCAAACAUGUGGAAACAUGAUGAACUAAAUGAAAUAU